UUGUCCAGCACGGACCUGGUGGUGCCUGGUGGUCAGUCAGUCGUCUGUUGGCAGGUGUCGGGUAAAGGGCCAGCCAUCGGUGUGUGGCUCCUGGUGUGUGAGAAGUGGUUCUAGGAUUUUCUACUGCAAAGUGUCCAAGUGAUCCAACCCAAACGUCCAGCAUGGUGCUGCUAGUGAAGAUCGCUCUCUGCUCGAUGCUGGUCAGCGGUGGUGUAAUGAUUUACGCGCAGGCACAGCAUCUUCUGGCGCAGGCCCUCUACCUGGGCGAUCCGGACUCGUUCAACACGACGCGGGAGGACUGCGUGUGGAAGCGGGGCAAUGGGCAGGACGUUUGUCCGGACGAGGACAUUAGCAUCUACCUCUACACGUCCGGCAUCGUGAAGGAUAAGUUUAAGUUCGAUCAUCGGCUUCGGGACUGGUUGAACAACACCGAAUGGGAUCACUCGAAGGAGAACAUCAUACUGAUACACGGGUACGCCGGCGGUGAUGAUACGCUACCGAUUGCCGUUCUGCGAGAUGCUUACAUCAAUCAUGGCGGCUACAACGUGUUCCUUGUCGAUUGGGGCGCCCUCUGUCAGCCACCGUGCUAUGUGGCCGCGGUUUACAAUAUACGGCCGGUGGCAACCUGCCUGGCGCAGAGCUUGAUGCAGUUAAGAGACCUUGGAUUGCCGGUGGAGAGGACGACCUGCGUGGGACACUCGCUCGGGGCACAUAUCUGCGGACUGAUGGCAAAUUAUCUCAACUUCCGAAUGGAACGAAUUAUUGCACUGGAUCCAGCGCGGCCACUAAUUAAACCGGGCGGAGUUAACCGACUCGAUCAGGGCGAUGCCAAGUACGUACAGGUCAUACACACGAAUGCUGGCCACUACGGCGAAGGAGGCCGCGUCGGACAUAUCGAUUUCUGCGUAAACGGUGGUAGGCGACAACCAUACUGUGGGAAUAGCACCAACAUUAAUCUGUGCAGUCACAUAUGGGCCAUCUGCUACCUGGCCCAGUCACUGUACGAAGGUCACGAGCCGAUGGCGGAGCCCUGCAGUCGGCGCUGUCCGUCCUCGGCGAUACUCGGGUCGGGCGUUCGGCAGGGACGCCGACGGUUCGGCUACGCGAUGGGUUACGCCAUACCGAUGGGGCUGAAAACACCACCAAAUGCCUCCGGCUCGUACUGCAUAAAGGACAAUAAUCCACCGUUCUGCCCAUCGAAACCAUCGAUGCCGGGCGAUCAGCGAUGCUGCAUAUAGGCGCACGAGUGCGAAGCUAGAACGAACGAUUGCUAGCUGCAACUCAUACGUCGAUCGAUUCCCAUCUUUGGAGUGAUUGAAUGAAGAAGCGAUCGUUCAUUCGUGCACGCAUACAGGCAAUGCACUGUCAGAAUAUUAAGUCAAUUCUAGCUAUUAAGACACCCAUCUCAUCUCAUUUUACGCGGUUCGCAUCAUCUCAACCGAGUUCUAGUGUACGUUUGUUCAUAGCAGUUCACCACACCACAAUAUCACAUCACCAUAACACCCCAACCAAUCUCACGUACUGCGAUGGGAGGAAAUUCCCAUCAUCGCCAAUGAGGAAGUUAUAAUUACGGCUGCAGAUUUUCACUGCAAAAAAGGCAAAUAAAUAAAUAACUCU